UUCUCUGAUCGCCAUAUUGCAGUAGUGUGAAACAAAAACAAAGAGAAACACCACGGAAACCACCCUUCUUUUGGCGUAUUUGACCAGAACCUGUACUCUCCUGGACAAAAUUUGAAGAGAAGGAAUGGCUCAGAGUCCCUUAGGUGGGGCAGUGAAAGCCUUACAACUGGAACUUAAGAAAAUUAAAGAAGAACCAGUGGAAGGCUUUCGUGUGAAUCUGAUCGAGGAUGAGAAUUUGUUCGAGUGGGAAGUGGCAAUCUUUGGACCUCCAGGAACCUUGUAUGAAGGAGGUUAUUUCAAGGCCCAUAUGAAGUUCCCAUCAGAUUAUCCAUACAACCCUCCGAGUGUUAAGUUUAUGUCAAAAAUGUGGCACCCAAAUGUAUACGAGAAUGGAGAUGUUUGCAUAUCAAUAUUACACCCUCCAGUAGACGACCCUCAAAGUGGAGAACUACCUUCAGAACGGUGGAAUCCCACACAGAAUGUCAGAACGGUUUUGCUUAGUAUAAUAUCCUUGUUAAAUGAGCCCAACACAUUUUCUCCGGCCAAUGUUGAUGCCUCAGUUAUGUACAGGAAAUGGAAGGAUUCUAAAGGCAAAGACAAAGAAUAUGAAAAUAUUAUCAGGAAACAAGUAGAAGGAACAAAAGAUGAGGCAAACAAAGAUGGAGUGAAAGUACCUACUACGUUACAAGAGUACUGUGUAACAUUUAAACCGAAACCUCCUGAUACUGGAAUGGAUUGUGUUGACUUCUAUGACGAUGAUGACUAUGCUGAUGAUAUGGACGAUGAGGAUGAUGAGGAUGAGGAUAACUGUUAUGCAGAAGAUCAAUAUGAUUCUGGAAAUGGUUGAGAGUCAUGAUGUUAUUGUUUGUUUAUAAAAGAAAAAAAUAUUGUAUAAAUGCGAGGGGGGAAAACAAAGAGAGCGGGGAAUGUUUGACUUGGUCACUGCCUGUAUGUUUACAUCGCCAGUACCAUAACUAGAAAUUUGAUACACUCCCAAGUGUACAUGCUUUCAACAACGACAAAACAGAAUUUUUCCCCUUUUCACUUAUGAAUUUGUUUUAUGUUAUGUGGUAUCACUUUCAGAUUUACUGUAAAUUAAUUGUUGCUAAUUUAUGGUAUGUAAUUUAUUGGUACCUCAGUCAAUACUAUUACAUUUUAUUAAAUUUGGAACCACUAUAUCAAGGGGAAGUUGGGUGAAAAUUUUGUCUUUAAUGUUCUCUCAUUUUGUUAAGAAGGGAAAAGGGUGUUUUUUUAAUGAAAAUUAUUCUUGUCAUUGACAUACAGAAAAUGCCAGUUUAUGGCAUACAUAGACUGCCAGUUUGCUUAAAAAAAGCGAAAAACCGAACCAUGUUGUUUAAUCCUGGUUUUACUUGUUGGAAAGGGUACUAAUAGCUACAGAUCAUGCAUAUUUUACACUUUAAGGUCAUGACCGUGUAUUACAUUGUAGUACCAAUCUUAAUUGUGUAUUUUGAGAAUUUUUUGUUUCUUCUUACUGUUUCUUUAGGUUGGCUGACUAUAUAAUAUUAUAAACAUGAUAUAGAAUGUUAGCAGUUUCUGUCUCUCCAAGUUCAAAGUUGUCAUCAAACUAUUUGACAUUAAAUUUUGUGGUAUGAUAAAGCCAAAAGGAUGUAGCAAAGUAUCAGUUUAUACAGGUGUAAGGGUGCAAGUGUACUGGUAUUUUAUUGUAACUAUAAAAACUUAGACAGUACAUAGUGACUUUGUACAAUUUAUAAGUGUACAUUGAAGCAGUCACUUUUAUCUUCCAUGAUUAAUGGAACUUGUCCCCAAACUAUAUAGGGGUUUGAUACAAAUAGCACUUCAUGGAAACAAAACAAAUUUCAUUUCAUAGAUUUCCUUUUUUGAAAGAAAGAAACUACUGUUUUUUCUUUGUAUAAAUUAUAAAAUUGAAACUGCUAAUCUUAAGGAAAUAGUAAGUAAUCCUUAUUAAUUUAGUUAUUUGGAACAAGAUAUAUUAGUGUAGAUAUUUAAAAAAGUGAUAAUCUAUUAAAAAUGAACUUUUGUUAAAGUAUCAAAUAGUAGCAUAGCCAAGUCACGAAAUGCCUCAUGAGGCUGCUAACAUAGAUAUAUAUAGCUCUUGUCAAGUAAAAACUGCACUUGGCUCAGUUACCCUAUUUCUUAUACUAUUUUUAACUUAACAUCCAUUAUGGAAUAGAUUUGUUCCCGGUUAUCUAUUUAAUAAUGAAGAUCCUGAAUUUCUUUUGCGUAUUGAAUAUGCUGACAUUGAUCAAGUGUGUAAACAUGUUCCGAGGUGCUGUAGAGCAUUUUAUGUGAUACAUGCCGUUUGCUAAAACAUUCAAAACAUAUGUUACAGGUUUGAUGGAUAUAUGAAUAGUCUGAAGUAAAAUUGUGGAUUUUUCCAUCUUUAAGAGUAUGUUAGAGUGAUAUGUUCAAUGGCGUGUGUGUUUCAUAGUUUAUCAGUAUGUAGUUGAUAGCCAUAAAAAUGAUACAGCAUGUAUGCAGACAACACAAAUAGUAGAAAAAUUAAUACCGAUAGUAUCAAAUAUUAUUUCUAAUGUAAUUCAGGAAAUUGGCUAAACUAUAUGAGGUAAAAAUUGUUUGUAGGUUUCCAAAUUUGUUUUAAAAAUCUCAAAUUUGUUUCAAAAAUCUUAGACAAUAUUUGAUUUCUAAAUAUUAGUUUGAAUAUGUUGGGCUGUGGACAGAAAAUCAACUUUAAAUAUAUAAAAAAAUAUUAAAGUUUAGUUUUCUUUUUUACAUGGUAACUGUUUGCUGUAUAUAAUAUGUUUUUGUACUACAUAAUUUACAUACACUUUUAGAGGAACUUGAAAUGAUCCUUAUUCUGAAACUAUCUCAAGUUUUGACUUGGAAAAUCACAAGUUCUGUGAUGAAAAGUGAUUCACAUAUUUGAUUGAUCAAAAGGCAAAUAUUGUUUCCUGAUUCCAAAUCCUGAUGUAAUAAAAAAAAAAUGGUAUUGAUGUAUUAGAAGCAAAUGAGACAAGCAUUGGAUUGAUUGACCAUUUAGAGAAUAAAAAAUUCUUUUUCUCACUUUCCUCUUGCAAAUUAUCACCUAAAAAAAAUUUAAUAUAAAGGAUAAAGGAACAAAUUGUGCAAAACAUAUCUAUGUAAAUAGUACUCAUCUUAAUAUAUUUAAAACAAUGAGACAAGGAAGAAGACAUAACCUGUUAGUUAGUUGUGAAGUUUAUUGAGAAAUGGUAGUGAUACACAAAUAUGUAAAGUCAUUAUAAGGAUAUUUCUAUCCAGUCUUAGUCGCUCUGUCCUAGUUACACAAAUUAUUUCCACCUAAAAUGACUAAGAGCUAUUUCAGUAAAAUAUCUACCCAACAGGACUCCUGGUUUGUCAAACUUGGACCCCUAAAAGAAGUGAUUUAAUUCAAACAUCAUAGAUCUAGAAGAGGCUGUAUUUUCUGCAGCACCCACCAUGCAUAGAACUUUUUUUCUGGAGUCCUCCUGUUGGAUAUACAUUAUAUUUGAAUAGCCCUAAAUGAAAACACAAGAAAAAAUAUGUGUUCACAUUUAAAUGGUUAGUGUACAUGUCAUUUUAGCAUGGGUUUAGCCAGCUAGUCACAUAAAAUUCCUCAAUUAUGUUUAAUAGGCUUGUGGACUGGAUUACAUUUGCCUUGUAAUUAACAGUUGCCACUAUCACUCUUGUUUGGUUCCUGUUAUCCUUGAAUAUUUGUGUCAGCAAAAUUGGACAGAAUUUGUUUGUAUUUUAGUCAAAAAUUGGACAGAAUUUUUCUGUAUUUCAGUGGUAAAUUUGUAAUGUUGUAUGCUAUCUGAGAUGGUCAGGAAAUGCGUAAAAAAACUUGUAUAUAUGUGUGAAAUAUCAUCAAAAUGUGUGCAUGUUAUAUUCAGAUAUACGUGUGUUUGAUAUGAAUGGAUGGCAACUUCUGUCCCAAAGGUCAUAGAAAGCAAGGCUGUGAGUGUGGGCGCAUGUGAUGUCUUCUUGCACACCAGACUUUCAUUCUCCUUCACAGGAAAUGAGGUAAUUUUACUGGGCCUGGAAAUCUGGUGUGGGAGAAUGGCUGAUAGAAAUAGGAAAAUUAAUUUAUCACGUUUGAUCACUCACAUAAUUGUAUAAGUCACAUUUAAUGCCUGCAUGUGGAUGUGUAGAGGAAAGUAGUCUUGAGUGUACUGUAAAGACACUUGGCGUGUGCAUGUGUCUGUCUGAAUGGCCUCCUCUCUUGGAGUUUGUACAUUAGCUGCUACAGAUGUACAGGUAGUGGAUAAUAAUUCAUUUUGUGUCCCAGAUUUCAAAUAACUUAAUUUAUUCUUUCAAUUGAUUGGUUCUUAUUACCCAGCAAACCACAUGAUUAUUUAAUUCCAUGUCGUAGUAGCUGUUUGUCUUUCUGUUUAACAUUUUUUUCAAAGGAAUUGUCAAAUGUAUAUUAUUUUUAGUAUCAUCCAGAAUACAUGCAAGGAAAAAAAGUAUAUUACCAACAUACACUUCUUUUAAGAGUGGACAUUCCAAGUUUAUUCUUCUGAAGGCUUAACAUUUGUGAAAGCCAUGGUAUCAAAUCUCAUUGCACAAUAAAUCAAUGUUCAAACCGAGCCCAUUGAAAUAAAUGUACAAGGUAUCGCCAUUUAUCAAAAUUUAUUGAUGCAUUUUAGACCAGAAGAAAAUGGCUUUAAUAUUUAGAGAUUAAUUGAAACCAGAAAUAAUUUGUUACUAGAUCUAGGUUAUAACCUGUGUAACUUAUAAAAAAGAACCCAUUAAUUAGAUCCCACUGAUUUCUUCAUUGUCAUUUAAAAAGCCACAGCUGCUGGUGAUUUGUCACGAAAUAAUUUUGUUCCGUAUUCAUUUUUUCACUUAUAUCAUCAAAACAUUGAAACAUUUCAAUAAACAUCAAAUAACAAUUCGUAGUAUUAUGUGUUUUCAAUAAUUACUUUAAUUAAUUGAACCUCAAACUGGUUUAAUAUAUAUGUUGUUUGGAAAAUGUGUCGAAAAAUAACUAAGAUGGAAUAUUAAAAUGGUUGAUCUCAUUAAUAAUCUGAAUGAUGUUAAUUAGAAAUUUGAAAGGUAUUUUGAAAACAAUUAUAUUGGAAGUUUUUAAUUUAUAUUGCACAAUGGGAAAGUAAUAUAAUAGCCAAGGUAUGGUAAUUUUUUGAUACGUUAAGGUCCUAUGUAUUAAAUAAAUUAUGGUUGUUCUCUUCAAACAUUUUAAAGCAUCACAGUAUUUUGGUAAAAUGUGAUUUACAAACAAAAUCAUACUGAAGAAUCCAGCAAAAGUUACUUUUACUGUAAACUUGUGAAAAGAAGAAAGAUUGGUUAGAUAUCACACUACCAGCAGUGUCAGCUGUGAUGCAACCCCAUGAAAACAAUUCUAUUUUCUGAUUUCUCUUCCUGUACUCUUUUCUAAACUUUAAAUUAAUACAGCAAUAUAUACAUUUUCUGCUUUUUUGUGAUCAGUUUUGAUGAUGAAAUACUUUUGAUUAAGUUGAAAUUAUUCGUUGCACUGCCCUGUAGAUGUGAAAUGGGUUGUACUCUCUUAAGUGAAAAUGGACGGUUUUCAAGGACUGAAUGGUGUGUUUAAGUAUGACUUGUUGGUAUAUUUGUUGUUAUUUUGCAGGUGAAAACCAAUUACAUGUAUUUUAAGUGUACUUGUAAUAAUUGCUUAAAUAAAAUCUAAGCUGUAUGA